GCGCUCCUCCGGGAGAAGUAUUACCCAGCCCACUACAGAGAAAGGAUGGAGAGGCAGUUCUUAGCACUGGAGCAGGGUGCUAGGACUGUCGAUGAGUAUGAGAGAGACUUCACUCGCCUCGGCUUCUUCGUGCCGUACUUGAUUGAUACGGAGGAAACGAGGGCGAGGCGCUUCAAGGGCGGUCUUCGCGGGGAGAUUCGCCACCAUCUCACAGGCCUUGGCGCCCUGACUUAUGCUGAGACCGUUUCUAGGGCUCAGCAGAUUGAUGAGAGUCUCCGACUGGAGGCCAUUCGUACUCGCACUGUCGCCCGCCAGCUAGCUCAUCAGCCACCAGCACAGCAGCCUGCACUGCCGCCACCACAGCGGGUCCCACCGCAGUUGGCUCCUCCCCAGCAGCCACAGCGUCAGAACAAGAGGAGGGGGAGGGACCGGCAGGGUAGGAGGGUCCGACAGAGGGAUCAGGCCCCAGCUCAGGCCGUACAGCCAGUUCAGCAGAUUGCCCCAAUUUGCGCCACUUGUGGACGCCACCAUCCUGGUGAGUGUCUCGCUGGGCGAGGCAUUUGCUUCAAUUGCCGGAGGCCAGGACAACGGAGGGAGGAUUGCCCAUACCGAGUUCAGCAUCAGCAGGGUCAGCGUCAGCCGGCCCCGAACCAACCACGGGGAGCACCUUCACGCGUCUAUGCACUUCACCAGGCACAGGCCGCCGAGCAGCCAGGUACCAUGUUCGGGAUGAUUUCUUUGUGUGAUGUGCCUAUCUUUGCGUUGUUCGACACCGGGGCGACACAUUCGUUCGUCUCGGGCAAGUGUCUAGAGGCCAUAGGGGUCCGAGGAGUGAGUGUUGUCGACCCCCUCGAGAUCAGCCUAGCUUCGGGAAGGAAGAUAGUUACGAGCUCCUUGGCCGAGGAUCUUAGUAUGAGUAUUGGUGGCAGAACUUUAGAGGUGGAUGCGUUCGUGAUCGAGAUGAGGGACUUUGACCUCAUUCUCGGCAUGGAUUGGUUGGAGAGAUAUCAGGCAGACAUUCGAUGUCGUGAUAGAGAGGUGACACUACACUUAGCCGAGGGAGAUCGGAAUUGCCAGGGAUACCUGGUGAGCAUAGUCGGGGAAACUUCGGAGGAGCGGAUGCCCGGAGAUGUACCCAUUGUGCGUGAUUUCGUGGACGUCUUCCCUGAUCAGCUACCGGGAGGACCACCUAGUCGUCAGGUGGAGUUCACGACCGACUUGGUGCCUGGAGCCAGGCCAGUGUCGAAGGCACCGUAUCGUAUGGCGCCGAAGGAGCUGAAGGCUCAGAUCCAGGAGCUAUUGAGUCUCGGUUUCAUCCGACCGAGCGUCUCUCUGUGGGGAGCACCUCUCCUUUUCGUGAAGAAGAAGGACGGGACUUUGCGUAUGUGCAUCGAUUACCGGGACUUGAACCGGUUGACGGUGAAGAACAAGUAUCCACUCCCCAGGAUCGAGGAUUUGUUUGACCAGCUGAGGGGCGCCUGUGUAUUUUCUCGAAUUGAUCUACGAUCGGGCUACCACCAGCUGAAGAUCAAGGACUCUGACGUGGCUAAGACCGCGUUUCGUACCCGAUACGGUCACUAUGAGUUUGUCAUGAUGACGUUCGGCUUGACCAAUGCGCCGGCGGUGUUCAUGGAUCUCAUGAACCGUGUAUUCCACCCAUUCUUGGACCAGUUUGUCAUCGUCUUCAUAGAUGACAUUUUGGUCUACUCGAGGAGCACAACCCAGCACGAGGAGCAUUUGAGGAUUGUGUUGGAGACUCUUAGGCAGGAGAAACUGUACGCCAAGUUCUCGAAGUGCGAGUUUUGGCUCGAUCGAGUGGCGUUCCUCGGUCACAUCGUUACGGCCGAGGGCAUUGAGGACGAUCCCGGGAAUAUCGAGGCAGUGAGGAACUGGUCACCCCCGAGGUCUGUUACCGAGAUACAGAGUUUUCUCGGGUUAGCAGGCUACUACAUGAGGUUCAUCGAGGCGUUCUCGAAGAUAGCCCUACCCUUGACACGUUUGACGAGGAAAGGGACGAAGUUUGAGUGGAGUCGUCGCUAUGAGUCGAGCUUUCAGGAGCUCAAGGAGAGGUUGACUACAGCGCCCGUGCUGACUAUACCGGACCCUACACGGAGUUUCACUAUCUACAGUGAUGCUUCGAAGCAGGGACUUGGGUGCGUGCUGAUGCAGGAGGGCAAGGUUGUCGCAUACGCUUCGCGGCAGCUGAAGCCCCACGAGGAGAACUACCCGACUCACGAUCUUGAGUUGGCAGCCGUUGUUCACGCACUCAAGAUAUGGAGGCACUAUUUGUAUGGUGGUCGGUGUGAGAUCUACACCGAUCACAAGAGCUUGCAGUAUAUCUUCACGCAGAAGGAGCUCAACAUGCGCCAGAGGCGAUGGUUGGAGCUAGUGAAGGAUUAUGAUUGCACCAUUCAGUAUCAUCCGGGGAAGGCGAACGUAGUAGCCGAUGCCCUUAGCCGAAAGGCGAGGGGCGAGUUGACUUGCAUGAUCACCCAGCAUAGUCAGCUCCUUCGAGAGUUUGCUCGGAUGCAGUUAGACGUCAUCGAGUCACUUCCUACGAUGCCUGUAGUAGAAGGUGUUCGGUCGAUGAGAGUGUGGCCCAUGCUCCGAGAUCGAGUUCGGAGAGAUCAGUCCGUUGAUGAGUUCGUCCGUUCCAUGAGGGCGAAGGUUGUUGCCGAGGGCGUGGAGGGGUUUUACCGAGGCGCGGAUGGUGCCUUGAAGUAUAACGGAAGACUAGUUGUGCUGAAUGUCGAGGCCCUGAGGAAGGAGAUCCUGACCGAGGAUCACAGUGCACCCUAUUUAGCGUACCCCGGCAGCACCAAGAUGUACCACGACCUGAAAGGGUCGUUUUG